AUUAUCGCCAGCCACCGGCUCGGCGAAGUUAUUCCUGGUAUGUUUUGUGGCCAUUGAACUAAUCUUUUUAUUUCAUUUUGUGUUGGCAAAUGAUUGAUCAAUUAAUGAUUGCUAAUGCUAUGUGAUUCUACUGUCAAUAUGCACCACAGAUGUCUGACGUCCGUCUUGAUCAACCAGUCUCAGCCGAGCGGUGUUCCAUUAGCCUAUCAUCGUAUAGAUCGCGCUGCCACAAUGAAUAUGACAGCUUAGCAGGGUUUCAACCGACGCAGGAGGAGUUCAAAACCUGUCGACCAAUGGCUUAUCACACCUUGACAUGAGUCACUCAUGGACAGUUCUUCGGAGGUUCAUCUCAACUUAGGAAGCGUCGACGUCAUGGCCAAAGUGGUUACCACAACCGAAUUCAAAUCGGGUUCUCUUGGACUGCGCAGGUCAACUUCCGACAACAAGUCUUUCUCUCUCUCUCUCGGAACUCACCUUGACAUUUAUUCGUGGAUGGUUUUCUCGAAGGUUCGAAACUUGCCGAUUGACAGGUUUUUUUUAUGGGAACACGCCUUGAAGAUUCGCUCGUGGAUGGCUUCCUGGGAGGU